CACUUCUUGGCGCAGUUGUUGCGAGGUUACGCGAGAUGGUCUGGGCCGUGUUGGAACUCCCACCACCAUUCGGCAAGUUGUCGGCUUAACGCGGAGUGAACACAGAAGCAAAACAAACACCGGCUCGUCCACAUCACGAGCGGUGCGACUAGUCUAGGCGCCGCCGCCAGCACCACCAUGUCGGGCCUCGACUCCAAUCCGUUCGCGGACCCGCACGCCCCGAGCCCGUUCGCCGACCCGGCCGUCACGCAAGUGACAAGCCGCAGCCAGCAGGCGCAGUCGGGGUUAGGCCUAGAGGACUACAACCCGUUCGCGGAACAGCCGCGACCACCGACCGCGAGUCCACCCCAGUACAGGCCUUCGACGGUCGCGACGCCAGCGGCGUCUUCGGCCGUUGUCCAGCCGGCUGUUAUGCAGGCCGUCACGGAACCGCCUCCGGCUUACACGGCGGGCGGCGGCGGCGGUCAGUCGACCACGAUCUCCACGGCCGAGCUCCAGAAGCGCCAGGAGGAGCUCGAGAAAAAGCGGCCUGAGCUGCAGGCCCGCGAGGAGGCCCUGCGCGGGGCGCAGUUCAACGCGCGCGCCAACAACUGGCCGCCGCUGCCCGACAAGUGCUGCGUGGCGCCCUGCUUCUACCAGGACAUCGGCGUGGACAUUCCGCUCGAGUUCCAGAAGAUCGUGCGCACCGUCUACUACCUGUGGAUCUUCUACGUGCUCGUGCUGGUGCUCAACUUCCUGGGCGGCCUGGCCAUCCUUGUCAAGGAGGGCGGCGCCACGCACUUCGGCUUCUCCAUCCUCUACCUGGUCCUCUUCGCGCCGCUCUCGUUCCUCUGCUGGUUCCGGCCGCUGUACAAGGCUUUCCGCUCCGACUCCUCCUUCAACUUCAUGGUCUUCUUCUUCGUCUUCUUCGUGCAGCUGAUCGUGUCGGUCAUCUACGCCGUCGGCAUCGGCACCACGGGCGCCUCGGGCUUCGUGGUUGCCAUCGACGCGUUCAGCAAGUCCAUCGCGCUCGGCAUCUUCCUCACCAUCGUGGCGACGGGCCACGCGGUGAACGCGGCCUGGUCGGGCAUCAUGCUGCUGCGCGUGCACCGCCUCUACCGCUCGACGGGCGCCUCGUUCGCCAAGGCGCAGCAGGAGUUCACCGCGGGCGUGCUGCGCAACGAGCACGUCCAGGGAGCCGCCGCAAACGUGGCGGCCGAGGCGGCGCGCACGGCCGUCCAGCAGAACCUCGGCAGCCGGUACUGAUGAGCCACUCCCCGAGUCUUUCUCCGCACUAGCUACACACUCCGUGCUCCCCGCACACGAUUUUACUUUUUUUUUCCCCUUCUGUGCGUGGUCGCUGCUGCCCGCAGGAGAAGGUUGCUGCCGCCUAUCUUUUUACCGGACAGUUGAGGAGGCGGCGUCAGUAAAAGAGAGUUGUCCUUUUGUGUUGUUCAGCCCCGUGUCGUUGUCGCCGUUGUUCGUCCGUUUCCAGAAAAUAAACAUACAGCGCUGUUUUGAUUAGACACUUCUAUUGGCCCACAUGCUCUCUCUCCACCCCUCCCUCCCCCAAAUCGCCUCUGUCCUGGAGCAGACUUAAACACCUGCAUUCAACACUUUUUUUUCCCCCUGCUGCCUGUGAUGGGGAGGAAGGGCGCAAAUGAGAAAUGUCUCGGUGCUUUUUAUCCCCUCAUGUUCUGGACGCACGGUUUUAGAAGUAGAGCUGCCUGUCAUACGAGGGUAAAUAUUGUUUUGACUUUAUCCCGCCAAGGUGGCUAUGCAAGGCACUUUGGUAGCAGAACUGCAAUCAAGAGAUGGGCGCGUGGAGACUUCUUACAUUUGGGUGGCGUGGUGCGUUCAAUGGCCUCAUCGUGCCAUGCAAGAGAUGUGACCGCACUUGUUUACUCUUUUUUUUUUUUGUCAAGAGUGAGUGGGUAGUGCUGGUGAAAUAAUCUCUGGCAACUCGAGGGUGUGUGUAUGAGAAAAAAGGCAGAUGUCACAAGCAUGAACCGCUUGUUCGCUGUACGGGUCAGAGCUGUGUCCGGUUCCAUGUUGAAGCAGUGGGUGCUGACUUUUCCAAACAUGAAAGGUUUAAACUUGCUAUGGAUGCACAAUUCCGGGGCACGUCGCAGUUGCUUUAUAAUGCAACUCAACGUUGUGGCAGUUCGUGUGCUUGUCACGCAGUGACAGCUGACUGCACUGCUCUCGUAACUACUGCAGUGAAGUUUUGAGGCUCGCGGACGAGCUCUGUCCAUUCCUUUUGUUGAGUGUAAGCAAUGCUGGAACAUGAAGCUAGGCUGCGCACGUGGGACCCUUUGUAGGCAAAAAUCGCACGCACACACUGGCACUGUUAAUUUCCUGGCACACCGUUUGUUUAGGAAAGCCUGCCGUGACACUUAACUGUUAUUUUGACUGGAAUGAAUGCUUUGAGUUUAUCCCAAGCUCGGUGCGAAGUGCGUGUUCUGGUUUUUGUGGACGCUCGAAUCGAGAAGUGUGCUACAAAAGAAAGUGAAGUUGGUGGCAUGCUGAAGUAAAGUGACUAGUCUUUCUUGAAAAAACACUGACAUCUUAAGUGGGCUGUGGGAAAUGUUGGCCACCCUCCAAAUACCCGUCCUUAACUUGUCCACAGAAGGAUUCCUUCACAUUCUGGCACUCCUUAUCUUGAGUACAUAGAUGAGUAAUGUCUGUUGGCCUUUGGCGAUAGAACUUCUAUUUCCUGUUGAGUUACAGUCCUAGUUUCUGUGGCUAGAGGCUGGUUUGCGUGUGCUUUUGUUGACUGCACCGUCAAAAUAGGUUCACUUUAAGAGCAUGCAUUUGGAGUGUCUUGUCUCGACUUUGUCUUAAGCAAACAGGCAAGUCUGGAAUGAGUGCUUGGAUGAUAAACACCAAGUUCUUCGCCAGGCAAAGUUCUUGUUGUUACAUUGCACGUGAUGGUCAUGUUGACAAGUGCUUAUCGCUUGCUUGUUCUAUUCUAAAUGUGUGGAAUUAAACUGAAUCGUUUGCAUGUUUUUGCAUUGGGCGUGCUUUUACGUGUGAUACGCGUGUCUGAAAGUUGACAUUUAUUUAUGCAUUGGGGGGGGGGGGGCUGUGUGAUCUCUGAUUUGCCGUUUAUCUGGCAAGUUGCCACGGCUUUGUUCCAUAUCAGUGGCUGGGAGAAGAUGUGUACACAUAGUGUCAUCACGGGUGCGAUUAAAGUGCGACUCCAUGUGGCUUCUCCAGUUUUUGCCUGACUGUACUUACUGCUACAUGCAGGGCUUACUGCAUGAAUGUGUGUGUACUAAUGUUGAAACACUGGCCACUUCAAUUGCACUUUUGAAGCCACUUCAAUUGCACUUUUUAAAGAGCAAGAUGUUACACAUUUAUGCAGAGUGUUGCAAUCCUUAGAUUAAACUUCUGGGACCCUAUGACUGUUUUUAAUCAGCAAAAGCACUGCUUUAUUUGAUUGCUAGCAUGGCUUGAUAAAUAUGAGCUCCUUUUUUAAGCAGGGAGAGUUGUGGAUUGGCCCUGUAAAAGAGCGCUGUGAAAGGUGGGUGGUUGGACAUGCCCCUCCUGCAUUGCAAGUUUGAUUAUAUCUGUGUGUGUGUACAUAGUUUGGGAAAUUUGUGCAUAUGAUCAAAAAUGAAGAGUGGAAGGGUACAACAAGCAAUCCUAUUAGCUUUUCUUUUACAUGCUGGACAGUGGCACUUGUCUUGAUAAGAUACUUCCCUCAAGAUGGUAGCUUGGUUGAUAUAAGUAUAUAUAUAUUUCUUGCCACAAUGUUUGUGUUCUAAUAAAGCUUGAAGGAAGAAACA